AUGGCGUCCUUCGCGGCCGCGGCGCCGUUGACGACGCGUCCCGCGCGCGCGGGCGCGGCGCCGUCGCCGGCGACCGCGUCGAGCUCGUCUCGCCGCGGUGGCGGGGUCGUCGUCGUCCGUCCGACGCGCGGCGCGCGGCGCGCGGCGUCCGCGUCCGCGUCCGCGAGCGGCGCGCGAUCGAGCGGAUCGAACCCCGCGCCCGCGAGAGGGAAGAAGCCGCGACGUCGCCGCGUCGCGGAUCCGAGCGCGGGGGGGGGGAAGCUCGAGACGACGCGCGCGGCGGUCGCGACGGACGCCGCGGACAUCGUUCCGGCGCUGGACGACGACGACGACGACGACGACGCGUCGUCGCGCGCGGCGUCGUCCUCCGCCUCCUCCUCCUCCUCCUCGCGGACCCGCUCUCCGGUGGAGACGUCCCAGCACAUCCACCUCGGCGCCGCCGCGAGCGCGAGCGACGCGCUGCGACGCCUCCGCGACGGCCUGCGAGGGCUCGUCCUCGACGCCGGCGGCGGCGCCGUCCCGCCGUUCCGCUCCGGAUUAUUCCGACUCACCGUCGCGAUCCCUCGCGGCGCGGACGCCCUCGAGUGGCUCUCCCGGCUCCCCAGAGACGCGCCCGCGCUGCUGCCGAUGUAUUACAUGUCCCCGAGGACGCCGCCGCCGAGCGUCCGCGCGGAGCGCGCCGGCGCCGGCGGCGCCCGCGGACGCUCAGCGGCGGACGACGACGACGACGACGACGACGACUCCUUCGCUGCGUCGGAAAACGCGGCGGCGCACGCGGAACCUCCCGGCUGGCGCGCAGACCCUCGAGGCGCGGUCGCCGCCGCCGGCGGCGCGUGCGUCUGGACCUCCCCCGACGCCUUCGGCGCGACGCAGCUCGCGAGCGUGCGGCGGUGGACGCACACGUGCGAGCCGAGCGACGGCGGCCCGCGCGCGUACGGAUGCGGUCGGUUCGACGCGGCGCGACCUGGCGGCGCGGACGAGGAGUGGGCGGCGUUUGGGGGGCACUACUUCGCGCUGCCGCUGCUGGAGGUGGUGGAGGGGACGCGGUGCUGCACCGUCGCGGUGCACGUCGCGUGGGAGCGGAGUAGUGGUUAUGAUGCGGGGGAAGAUGGAACGUCGAUCGGCGGCGGCGGCGGCGGCGGCGGCGCGACGGCGGGGGAUUUCGCGGCGGCGGUGGCCGCCGCCGUCGACGCCGUGGACGCCGCGUCGGAGGCGCACGCGCCGGUUCGGAUCCGAAGCGGCUUGAACGCGAACGACGACGACGACGACGACAAAAGAACGACCGAAACGACGAGCGGCGGCGUCGCGCGGCUCCCUCCCGGCGCCGCGCGGGUGCUCUCGCGCGAGCUGCGACCGGACCGGUCCGGAUGGACGGACGUCGUGGACGGUUUGCUCAAGUCGCUGCGCGAGGGAGAGGCGGCGGCGGCGGCGGCGGCGGUUCAGGCGGCGAGAGCCGCGGCCGAGCGCGAGGCGGCCGAGCGCGAGGCGGCCGCGCCGCCGAGCGCGACCGCGAGCGCGACCGCGACCGCCGGAUCCGGCCCGGCGAGGACCUACGUGUGGGACGAGGAAUACGCGUACAAGGAGGAGCAAGACAGUUACGUGGACGCGUUCGCGUCCGGCGACGGGAUCUACGGACCCGGCUCAUCGGUGGGCGCGGGCCCCGGCGAUCAACGGCGACGAGACGAACGGAGCGUGAUACGCGAUAAGCUCCUGGAGCUCGGGCGGUCCGCGGGCGUGGAGGCGCCGCCCGCGAGCGUGAUGAGAGAUCUCGAGGCGUUCGCGAUGGCGGCGGGGAUGGGCGCGAACGCUACGAACAGCGCGCUCGCACCAGGGUCGGAUUUCAACAGCGGGGACUGGUCCGACGCGGACGACAUCGGGAGCAUCGGUCUCGGAUGGGGCGCGACGGACGUGGACCCUGAGAGCGGCGGCGGCGCUUCCGCGGCGAGCGCGGAGCGCGUAGCGGACGCGAUGGCGGUGGCGGAGGGCGAAGCGACUGAAGCCGACGACGUCGACGACGACGCGCUCGCGCCGCUCCGCAAGGUUGUCCUCGCGCGCCGGACGACGCUCGCGCUCUCGGACGCGAUCGACGCGCUGUCGCUGGUGUCCUCCCUCCGCGCGCGCGACCCUGACGCGUACCAGUUCGCGCUGAUCCACCCGUCGGGCGCGGCUUUCGUCGGAUCCACGCCCGAGCGUUUAUUUUCGUCGAGGGACGGCCACGCCGCGUCGGAGGCCGUCGCGGGGACGCGCCCGCGCGGCGCGGACGAGGGCGAGGACGCCGCGCUCGCGUACCAGAUGCUCCUCUCGCCGAAAGAGCACGAGGAGUUCGCGAUCGUUCGGGAGGAAGUGCGGCGCGCGCUCGGUUCCGUCGCGGACGGGGGCGCGCGCGGGGUCAACGCAGAGUUGGAAAAAGGCGUCUUGCGGCACGUCUCCGUCCAGCACCUCUACGCGCGGCUCGGCGCCAAGCUCGCGCCCGGGAAGGACGAGGCGGACGUUCUCAGAGCGCUGCAUCCGACGCCCGCGGUGUGCGGGCAUCCGAGGCGCGCGGCGCUGCGCGCGAUUCGCGCGUCCGAGAGCUUCGAUCGAGGGUUGUACGCGGGACCGGUGGGGUGGGUGUCUCGCGACGCCGCGGAGUUUGCCGUGGCGAUUCGAUCCGCGCUCGUGUCUCCGUCCGGCGUGGACGUGAAACUCUUCGCCGGCGUCGGCGUCGUCGCCGCCGCGGACAGCGCCGCGGAGUGGCGCGAGCUGAACCUAAAAACGCGCCCCCUCGAGGCGUUACUCGCGCAAAAACCCAGCCUCGACGCCGCCGUCAACGCCAACGCGGCGUGGGCGGACGUCCUGAUCGGCGAGCUCGUCCACGGCGGGGUCCACGUCUUCUGCGUCGCGCCCGGGUCUCGAUCCACCCCGCUCGCGCUCGCGGCGGAGAAGCACCAGACCGCGCGCGUCGUCGUGUGCGUGGACGAGCGGAGUUUAGGAUUUUACGCCCUAGGGUACGGCAAAGGAAGAGGCAGAGCCGCCGCGGUGAUCACGAGCAGCGGCACCGCGGUCGCCAACCUGCUCCCCGCGUGCGUCGAGGCGCACGAGAGCGGCGCGCCGCUGCUGCUGCUCACCGCGGACCGCCCCCCGGAGCUGCGCGACACGGGCGCGAACCAGACGAUCGACCAGGUGAAGAUCUUCGAGGGGUUCGCGCGCUACGCCGUGGAUUUGCCCCCGCCCGGCGACGGCGCGCCCGCGCGCGUCUACGCGACGGCGGCGGCGACGGCGGCGCGACACCUCCACGGCGAUCGACCGGGUCCCGUGCAUUUGAACGUGCAGUUCCGCGACCCGCUCGGGCCGGUGAAGAGCGCGUGGGAUCCGGCGCGGGACCUGCGGGGGCUCGAGGGGUGGGAGCGGCGCGCGGCGCCGUUCGUGAGCGGCGGCGCGAGCGGCGCGAGCGGAGGCGGCGCGGACGGCGACGGCGCUGUCGGGGAACUGUGCGCGCUCGUGCGAUCCGCGCGGCGCGGGCUGCUCGUCGUCGCCGGCGGCGGGACGGCUUCGGACGCGCUCGCCGCGUGCGAGAUCGCCGCCCUUCUCGGCUGGGCGGUCGUCGCGGACGCGGCGUCGGGGCUUCGCGUGCGCGGCGCCGAAAUCGGGGGAUCGUCGAGCGCGCCGCGGGCUUCUUCGUGGUCCGUGGCGGGCGGCGUCUGCCCCGGCCUUCUCGACGGCCUCGACCUCGCGCUGUGCUCUCCGGAGUUCCGCGAGUGGUUCGACCCGGACGUCAUCGUGCAGAUCAACCCGAGGAUCACGUCGAAGCGCGUGCAGACCGCGCUCGAGCGCGCCGCGAUCGAUCGACGCGCGGCGUGGGCGGUGGCGACGAACCGAGACGCGCGCGUCGACCCCGGCCACUGCGUCUCGUUGCACGUCGCGUCGGACGCGUCCGCGGUGGCUACCGCGCUGGAGACGCUGCUCGGCGGCGGUCGUCACGGCGACGGCGCUGGCGGGGGUGGCGGGGGUGGCGGGACGUAUGUGGUUGGAAACGGCUCGAAUAUUGGCGUUUCUUCGAGUGGGUGUUACGUCGGCAGCGACGGGCACGCGUCGUGCGUCGCGUUUCGCGAGAAGCUCGCGGCGAUCGACGCCGCGGCGACGCGCGAAGCCGACGCCGCGCUCCGCGACAUCGAGUCCGAGGAGGGCAUCUCCGAGAUGGCGGUCGCGCUCGCGGUGACCGAGGCGCUUCCCGCGUCGAGCGGUCUUUUCAUCGGGAACUCGAUGCCGAUCCGCGACGUCGACGCGCUCUCGGGGCUGCGAUCCUCGGCGAGAGGAGGAGGAGGAGGACGCGGCGGCGGCGGCGGCGCGGGGGGACCGGGCGCGCCCGUCGCGGCGAAUCGCGGCGCGAGCGGCAUCGACGGCAUCAUCUCCACCGCGGCGGGGUACGCCGCGGGCCUCUCCCAGCCCGUCACGCUGCUCAUCGGCGACGUUUCGUUCCAGCAUGACAGCAACGGGUUACUGUUACUCCGCGAGCGGCCCGGGCAGCCGCCGGUGACGAUCGUCGUCGUCAACAACGGCGGCGGCGGCAUCUUCAGCUUCCUCCCCGUCGCCGACCAGAUCGAUCCCGGCGCGUUCACGAAGCUCUUCGCGACGCCGCCGGACGUGAGCCGAAAAGGCCUGUGCGACGCGCACAGGAUCGCGCACGCGCAUCCGAGCACGCCGGAGGGGUUGAAGAAGGCGCUGCGCGCGGCGUGGAGCGAGGGAAGGCACAACGUCGUCGAGGUGUCGACCUCCCGCGCGUCCAACUUGAAGCAGCAUCGCGCGGUGCAGGCUCGCGUCGCCGCGGCGGCGAGCGCGGCGCUGCGGCUGCUGGAGGGCGGCGGCGGCGCGGCGGCGGCGGCGGCGGCGAAGGCGAAGGCGACGCCGCGGGUGAUAAGCGCGGAGGUGACGGAUUUCACGCUGCCGCUGCGUCGACCGCCGACGACGACGGCGACGGCGACGGCGACGGCGGACGACGCCGUCCGACGCGGAUGGUUGCUGAAAGUCGUCCUCGACGACGGCUCGAUCGGGUGGGGCGAGGCGAGCCCGCUCCCGGGCCUUCACCUCGAGUCGCACGACGCCGCGGGCGCGCAGUUGCGGACGGUCGCGUCCAUCGUCGACGGCUCCGCCGCGGGCGGCGGCGGUUCAGGCGGCGGCGGGGUUUUCGUGGACGCGACGCUGCCGCUGCUUAACGGUGCCGUCGCCGAGUGGCUGACGUCCGCGUGCGGCGUGCGCGAGGACGCGCUGCUGCCGUCCGUGCGUUUCGCGCUCGAGACCGCGGUGUUAUCCGCGCUCGCGUGUAGAUCGUCGUCCUCGGGGGGAGGAGGAGGAGGAGGAGAAUGUAACGCGCCGCUCGCGAGCGUUUUACUGCUCGGCGACGCGGGGAACGCCUCGUCGCCGUCGGCGGCGGCGGACUCGGAGAACUUCGUGGAGAUCAACGCGUUGAUUCCCGACGACGCGCUCGCGACGCCCGAGGACGUCGCGAACGCCGCGAGACAUCUCGUCGCGAAGGGGUUCCGAUGCCUCAAGCUCAAGGUGGCGCGCGGCGAGGGCACCGCGGGCGCGUUCGACGACGCGAAGAAGGUCAAGGCGAUGAGAGACGCCGUCGGCGACGACAUCAUCGACUGCCGCGUGCAGUACGUCGAGGAGCCCGUGAGCGACCUCGUGGACUUGGCCGCGUUCCACUGCACGACGGGCGUGCCGGUCGCGCUCGACGAGAGCGUGGACGAGGCGAUGCGCGGCGGCGCGGACGGCGCUCGCGACGGCGACGGCGACGACGACGACGACUCGACGGGGUCGCUGAACGCGUUGAUCGAGCUGUUCGAACCGAGCAACGGCGUCGUCGCGAUCGUCUUGAAACCGUCCGUGAUCGGAGGGUUCGAACGGUGCGCGCGCGCGGCAGCCGCGGCGAGGAGCCGCGGCGUCGCGAGCGUCGUCACGACCGCGUUCGACGCCGGCGUCGGCGCGGACGCGUGCGCGAACCUCGCCCGCGCGCUCGACGCCGCCGCAGCGAAAGCCGCGGCGGACGCGUCCGCCGCCGCCGCCGCCGCCGACGACGACGACGACGACGACGCGUCCGGCGGCGGCGGCGACGACGACGACGGGUGGGACGCCGCCGCCGCGCGCGUCGGCGUCGGCGUCGCCGCCGCGGACCGAGAGCCGAGCCUCGUCGCCAGGCUCGCGCCGAUGCGGCACGGGUUGGGGACUGGGGAGUGGCUCGACGGCGACGUGUUCGAUCCCCCCGCGGCGCCGUUGGACUUUUCGUCGGCUUCGGCGGGCGGCGGCGUCCGCGUCGCGCUCGCGCCGGCGGCGGCGUCCGCGAGGAGGAAGACGACCGCGGCGGUGUCGGAGAUGAACACGACGACGACGACGACGACGACGACCGCGUGGGGCGCGGAGAGCGUCUACGAGGCGAAGACGAGCCGCGGAACGUACAGCAUCCGCGUCGUGGACAGCGGCGGCGGCGGCGGCGACGCGCGUCCGCCGGUGCUUCUCCUUCACGGGUUUCUCGGCGGCGCGGAGGACUGGCACGCGAUCGCGUCGGGGCUCUCGAGAUCGCACCGCGUCGUCGCGAUCGACCUCCCGGGGCACGGCGGCAGCGCGCUGACCCCGCUCGAAGAGGAGGACGACGAAGAGAAGGACGACGACGACGACGACGACGACGACGACGGCGGAAAAGUUCUUAAGGAACGGCGUUCACCACGCGAACGGGAUCGUAUGGGGACCAGUGUAGACGGCCGAUCCAAGUACGACGUCGAAUCCGUCUCCGACGCCGUCGCGGCGUUGAUUCCCGCGCUCGGCGCGUCCAAAGCGAUCGUCGUGGGGUACUCCCUCGGCGCGCGCAUCGCGCUUCACCUCGCGGCGACGCGCCCCGACGUCGUCCACGCCGUCGCGUCCAUCGGAGGCAGCGGCGGGAUCGUCGACUCGAUCGACCGAGCGACGCGCGCGGCGCGCGACGACGCCGCCGCCGCCGCGUUGCGCGACGGCGGCGUCGCUCCGUUCGCGACCGCGUGGUACGCGCAGCCGCUGUUCCGCGCGCUGUCGACGCACCCGCGGUGGCGCGGCGGGAAGAUCGCGGCGGCCAGAGCGCGGAACAGCGGCGACGCGCGCGAGCUCGCGGACGUCCUGCGCGGCAUGUCCCCGGGGCGACAGCCGGCGGUGACGGGGCGAGACGUCCGCGACGUCGCGCGCGCGGGGGGGGCGCUUUUCGUAGCGGGCGGCGAGGACGUGAAGUUUACGGCGAUCGCGCGCGCGCUCGCGAGGGAGUGCGGCGACGGCGACGAUAGAGACACUUCUUCUCGCGUCGAGGUGGUCGUUGUCCCCGGCGCCGGGCACGCGGUGCAUCUGGAAGCCCCCGAGGCGUUGAUUCGCGCGUUGACGACGUUCGUCGCGACGGCGACGGCGAGGGCGGCGAUUUCGGCGGCAGGCGCGACGGACGACGCGAAGGGCGGGAAGAAGACGCGCGCGCGGCGGUACGGCGGCGCGCGCGCGGGGAACGCGACGCCGCGAGACGACGCGAAGUGA